GAAUGACGAGUUCGUCAAUGGCCGAUCAGAUGAUGAGGGACAUUGUAGUAGAGUACGGCCAAGCUCGAAUUGGGCUAGAUAACGAAGGAUCGCAUGUCAGAACACUUCAGAACACACCGGAAGCCUGAUACUUCUGGGUACCCAGCGCGAGGCCAUCAGCAUCGCAAAAACCCAUGACCGCGGGUACGCGGAAGAGAAAGAAACGGAGAGGGCCAUCCUGCCAUGACUGUCUUGUGACGGUCACAUUAGACUUCGCACAGCUUUGCAUGUCCCCGCGCCACCAUCGCCCGGAUGAAUUCCGAGUCACCCUGGUUCCUCCCACGCCAUGCAGUCAUACUGAAACCCUAGUCAUCUUGUGAUCCUCUCAUGCUCGAUCGUUCUCACUCUAGUGCGGGAGAUGAGAAGCCGCUGGCGGGUGGAGAUGGUCCAGGAAUGGACUUUGGCGUCGGCCGAAUGUGAGCCGUCGGAUAUCGCCUCCGGAAGUCCGCACGGUGACACGACCCUCCCAUUGUCCCUCCCCAGCCACCGCCUCCCCGCCGUCCGAAUGACACUGGUGACUGGUACCCAUCGUGCAGGCCAUCUGUCCGACGUCAAGCCCUGUACUCGCCUUUAUCACGCACUGAUCUUGAUGCGAGCCAGCCCCGUGGGAUUGGACCAGGGCUGACGUAUACUAUAGAUAGAAGUGCGCUGUCUCGGUCCCCUCCCCACCUCCCUCCUUCUUCUCCCCGGUGCGCUUCAUGUUCCAUGAGCACGGGCGUCGUUGCACUCCCGACGAACGCUUUGCGCGACUUUCAAAAUGUGCGCAUCUCCGAGUAUGUCAGUGCGGCGGGAUUUGUGAUCCUCCUAUUCGACCACAUCCUCACCUUCGAUGAUGAGGUGGAGUACAUCUGGAGCGCCCCGCGGACGCUCGCGCGCACGUUCUUCCUCAUCCAGCGCUACAUGGUUCCCACGUUCCUAUUCGGGCAGAUUCUGACUCAUAAUGGCAUGAUGACCAUCACCAUGUCCUCCAUUGUACGUGCGUUUUUAGCUUGUCUGGCGCGGGCUAACCGCUAUCCCAGGCGUAAGCCCUUCCUUGACACUUCGUUUCAUGUUCGUCCUCCCGACACCCGCAUGUACUGUAGAUGCAAAGCCUGGAUGUCAAUCGCGCUGUACGCCGGCUGGCUGUCCAUCUUUAUAUCCAACUUCCUCGUUCUCAUGCGUUUGUGGACGCUCCUCCCGCGAAACCACCGCCUCAUCCCCUGGACCCUUGUCUUUCUGUUUGCGACCCAGCUGAUCAGCUUCGGGACGACGACGUGGGCUCUGGUCUUGAUGUUGCGUGUCAUGUUCUGGGACUCAAAACUCGAGUUGUGCUCGCUGUAUAGUAAACCGCAGGUGGUCGAGCUGUGGGUUGUCGGUCUGGCCUUCGAGGUCCUUGUCUUUCUGGUCGUGUGCUGGAACGCGCUGUCGCGGCCACGCUCACUCCAAAGCCCGGAAGAAGAUCCGGCAAUGCGCAGGCUUUUGUUUAGAGACGGUUUCUUGUACUUUUCUGUGCGUGACUACCAUGGUUUGCUCCGCAUAGCCAACACAAUCAUCUCGUCCGUCGCCCCGAUAUCGCUCCUCUUCGUCGCUGUCUUCUUCAUCUGGGCGGGCACGUCCGUCACGACCUCGCGGCUCAUCAUCAAUGCCCGCCGCGCAGCCGGCUCUAACGCGCGCCAGCGCACCGAUGAGCUCCAGCGUCUGCCGACGCGCGAGUCCGCUGUCGUCACGCUAUAUAAGGACUCGGGGUGACCGGUUGGCUGGUUGUAAGCCUUGCGCUGACGGCAUGUAGGGUAGUGUAUUGUAACGAUCGUUUUUAUCCCAUUUUGUACUGUAGUGCACACACCCCGAUAUCCUAUACGACACAGCUCAUGAGACCUACUCGCUCUGCAGGAUUAUUUUAUUUGGCUCUGGUAAUUAAUGGAUGUUCUCGCGCGAGUCGGAAAUUUCAGGUCUCAGCCCACGUGUCGAGAUCACCUGUACGCACAGUCUGGGUUCUUC